CACAUUGAAAAUGAGUGUCAAAUUUUUGCUGUCAAAUUCCAUUCGGCAAUUGUGUGGAAUUAUUCCGUUCCAUUGUGUUCGUUGCGCCAUUGCCGGCCGCUUAUUAAAUCCAGCAAUUAAUCCAUUGCCAACUACAAUCAAUUCCAGAACAUUUGUAACAACACAGCCAGUAAAAAUGGCCGAAGCAACUGGUUUGAGCAACGAGGAGGCGGCGGAAUUAUGCAAGCCCGCAGAUGCUGCUACUAAGGACUUCCUCUUCCAACAAACAAUGUAUCGCAUCAAAGAUCCUCGAAAAUCGCUACCUUUCUACACCGGUGUGCUGGGUAUGUCAUUACUGGUGAAGUUGGAUUUUCCUGAAGCCAAAUUUUCGCUUUAUUUUAUGGGCUACGAAAAUCCCGAAGAUGUCCCAAAAGACCAAUCAGAGCGUAAACGUUGGGCCUUGACCCGCAAAGCAACCAUUGAAUUGACACACAACUGGGGCACUGAGAACGAUGAAAAUCAGUCAUAUCACAAUGGUAAUUCGGAUCCCCGCGGCUUUGGUCAUAUUGGUAUAUUGGUGCCUGAUGUGUAUGCGGCUUGUAAGCGUUUUGAGGAACAUGGCGUGGAAUUCGUUAAAAAGCCCGACGAUGGACGUAUGAAGGGCUUGGCUUUCAUCAAAGAUCCUGACGGUUAUUGGAUUGAGAUUUUUAAAGCGAGCACUGUGUAAAAUUAAUUUAUUACUUGGUCGAAAAUUACGUUCUAAAGUUUGUAUUUUUACAAUGCUUGUAAAGCUUUUCCAUUGAA